GUUCUCAAAAACCCGACGGCGGGGGGAAGCCGUCCGAGUGCCGCCUGCCUCCCUGCUCCGCUCAGUCCGCCGAGCAGACGGCGGUGCAGCCAGCGGAUCCAUGGUGCCCACGGCUCUCGGGGCGCUCCUGGCCCUGCUGCCGCUGGCCUCGACGCUGCAGAGCCCAGGUGCCCAGCGCGGGGGCCGGGUGCCGGAGCCCUCCGAGCCCGCCCUGCGCCGCCUGUCCCACCACCUCCUGGCCCACUACCAGAAGGGCGCCCGGCCCGUGCGGGACUGGCGAACGACCACUAACGUGGCCAUCGACCUCAUGGUCUAUGCCAUCCUCAGCGUGGAUGAGAAGAACCAGGUGCUGACCACCUACAUCUGGUACAGGCAGCACUGGACAGAUGAGUUCCUCAAGUGGGACCCAGCUCGCUUCGACAACCUGACGCAGAUCUCCCUCCCUGUGGAGAGCAUCUGGGUGCCCGACAUCCUUAUCAAUGAGUUUGUGGAUGUUGGAAAGUCCCCACACGUCCCCUACGUUUACGUCAGCCAUCACGGGGAGGUGCAGAACCUCAAACCCAUCCAGGUGAUGACUGCCUGCAGCCUGGACAUCUACAACUUCCCCUUCGACGUCCAGAACUGCUCUCUCACCUUCACCAGCUGGCUGCACCACAUUCGUGACAUCAACCUCUCGCUGUGGCGUCAGCCGGAGCUCGUCAAGUUCGACCGAAGUGUCUUCAUGAACCAGGGCGAGUGGGAGCUGCUCUACGUCCUCACCCACUUCCAGGAGUUCAGCGUCAAGAGCAGUGACAGCUACGCCGAGAUGAAGUUCUAUGUAGUCAUCCGGAGACGCCCCCUCUUCUACACCGUCAGCCUGCUGCUCCCCAGCAUCUUCCUGAUGCUUAUGGACAUCGUGGGUUUCUACCUACCUCCCCACAGUGGUGAGAGGGUCUCUUUCAAGAUCACUCUCCUGCUGGGCUACUCGGUUUUCCUCAUUAUUGUAUCCGACACGUUGCCAGCUACUGCCGUCGGCACGCCAUUGAUAGGCAUCUACUUUGUGGUGUGCAUGGCACUGCUCGUCAUCAGCCUGACAGAGACCAUCCUGAUUGUGCGCCUGGUGCACAAGCAAGACCUGCAACCCCAUGUCCCUAAGUGGGUGAAACACCUGCUGCUGGAAAGAGCCACCAUCCUCCUCUGUAUCCGGGACAGGAAGAAAUUCAGCCAAAGCAGGAUGCAAAACUUGGACACCUCCAGGCAGGUGGAGAACAAUGACAGCACAGGUAAGGGUUGCACAGAGAGGGGCCCCCGGGACUGCGGGGCAGUGGGGAGCACAAGGUCUGCACUGGCCUUUGCUGGCCAGACAGAGGGCUCAGCAGCACUGCAGGAGAUCCUGUGUGAGACCACGGCUAUCCGCCAGCUCCUGGAAAAACGUGAGGAAUUCCGCGAGGCCGCCCGUGAGUGGCUGCAAGUGGGCUACGUGUUGGAUGUCCUGCUGUUCCGGGUGUACUUGGCAGCCGUUCUGGCUUACAGCAUCACACUGGGCACCCUCUGGUCGGUGUGGAGGGAUGCCUGA